AUGCCCAAUUCAUGCGUAGAAUAUACUGGAGAAAUACUGACAGAAGCAAGAGCCCUUGCCAACUAUUCUGGACGAUCAAAAAUAACCGAGUCUGAUGUUAGACUGGCUGUGGACUCGAAAGCCGAACAGCUCAUCUUAACUCCCCUGCAUCGUGAACAACUUUUGGAAUAUGCUGAGAAGGUUAACAGUCAGCCACUUCCUCCAAUAAAACCAGGACAUGGCAUCCGAUUGGGUCCUGAAAAGUACACUUUGACAGCACCAAAUUUCACCAUCACAACUUCUUCACCCUCGUCCGUGGAUAAUGGCGUGAGUUUCCUUUGCCUUUUUUACAAUUAAAACUGCUGGGUUGAUUUUCUGUACCCCUGACCUUAGGCCAUGUAUUAAUAGUCUAGAAAUCAGUAGUCCCUGUACAAAUAACUUAAGGGUGGAUUUUUCCUCCAGCAUAUAUUCCUACAUCCGAUUGUUAUUAUUUACGUCUUGUUAACAUCUGUCAGGUACUUUCUAAAAAGCCCUUGGGCAUAGCUCGCCCUCUGCAUAACUGAGCUUUAGUUAUAGCCGCUUACAUUUGAUGGGUAUUUUACGGUCCAUCGGACCAACCCGUCGUUUUACACCAGGGCUUGUUGUCUUUUGUCCCUUGGCUUUUACUGGCCUUAUUAAUCAUGUAUGGUCUGUCUUCCGACUUAUUUAUAAAAAAUCUUUUCCAACGUACCCACUCCUGCUAAUAUUUUUGCUGUAUGUUCAACUAACGCCAGCUCCAAUUUAGCCCAUCCCUUAAUCAGCAGCUUUCUGUCAGGAAGUACCUGAAGCGUAGGUGGAGUUCACAACGGAGUGUGUAAGGACUAUGGACAGGUCACCAUCGACCUCUCCAGUGGACUCGCCCCCUUUUCAGUACUCAUUCCAUCCUUUAUUGGGCCUCUAUUGAUUUCCUUAUCGACCCCUUUUGUUGUUGUUGCCCCUUUCUCCGUCUGCCCUCACCAGUUCACCCAGUCUUCUGCUGCCUCGACUGGUCAGGUGGCCUCUCGAAUUACACUGCCUGGAACUGGGUCUGGGGUCACGGUGUUUCGUGUUGCCAGUGCAGCCCCAGGCCACUUACCAAACCUCAUACCCGCAGCUGAAGCGGACAUCACAACUACAGUCGGUGGUACUUCGAGCGGUCUGCACGUAAUAGCCCCCGUAGCUGCGCCUGCCUCCCUCAUACGGGUGCAGUCGGGCAAUCCGCCGGGAACCGUGGUUUCUCCAGUACUCCCACUGACGAAGGCCAACACAGGUGUUGCGCAACGUGAGUCUUAUUCACCGCCGGUCAACUGAUUCUGUUCAGCCCUAGGCUGGAAGUGGCUCACACACUAUAGACGCUUUAGUUCUGUUUUCAUGUAUUCGUGGUAUGAAAUACUCUCCCGUUUGGCAUUUGGUUAGGAGUGAUAGUGGAAAACUUGACAGUCCCAUCCACAUUAACGACCACAGAGGGGAAGGGGUCCGAAUCCGCUCUCAACCCAGCCUUGGCAUAUCGGCCGGAGUAGACUUGGAAGACUGACACAACUGAGUUACUUGCGUAACCACGUUUUUAAGGCGUUGCUCUGGUCUGAUAUGGACUUUGCGUCUCUCGGAGGGACAUGCCCUGUUAUUUAGAUGUAGCUACUCGUCAGCUUCGUUGCCCGGCUGGCACCUAACAUGGCCUUCCUUAACCAUCUACUCGUUUUAUUUCAGUAACUAUUUUUUCGUCAUAAUUUUGACGUUCUUCCUCGUUGCAGCCUCAAAUAUCCAUCGUCGGCCGGGUGACGAACACUAA